AAUGUAAAAAUAUUUAUUAUUAAUAAAAUAUUUAUAAAUAAUAAUCGUAUUUAUAUACAUAAGUUUAUUAUUACUUUGCAAAAAUGCAGAAAAGUGAAGUGGAGAACGAAAACGAGUCAGAGGGUGUAACCGACUCACCGAAAAAAGGGCCAACUUUAUCAACAAGUACAUCGAGCUUUGAGGCUCUAGAUCCCCACGACACAAACCUAAGCCGCCUGGCUACCAUAAUGUUUCAAAAGACUGCUGAUUAUUUAUACGGAGAACUAACAGCCACACAUGAAGACUACAAACUUUUAGAACAAAUGAACACUGUAACAUUAUCCAAGUACGCUGAUAUGAAACAGAUUACCACAAAUGUAGGAAAAUCUAUAGCUGAUUUAGAUGAAAAAUAUUUAUCCCUGCUGCCUUGUCUAGAGCAAAUAAACGAGAUCGAAGAGUGUGUUAAUAAACUUGAACAAGCCGCUUAUAAAUUAGAUGCGUAUUCUAAAAGAUUAGAAACUAAGUUUAAAAAUUUGGAGAAACGAUAA